AGUUCGGGAGAGAGUAUUUGGUGACCGCGGAUUUCUGCAGUCGGUAUGAGAGCGCCUGGAGAGAAGACAGGUGGAUUCUGAUGAAGGAGCUUGAGGAGAAAAGACGUCCCGGUACAAGCAAACACGACAGGAAGAUGGCUGAUUUUCUUUUGAAGAAUCUAGGAGAUGGAACCGAGAGUCCCAAGCUAUUUCCGUCUUCUAUUCUGGUUAGCAAUAAAGAUUACCAAGUGAAAAAGAGAUUAGGGAAUGGAAGUCAGUAUAAGGAGAUUACCUGGUUAGGCGAGAGCUUUGCGCUUAGGCACUUCUUUGGGGAUAUCGAUGCUUUGCUUCCUCAAGUUACUCCGUUGCUCUCUCUUUCCCACCCAAAUAUUGUAUAUUACCUCUGCGGAUUCGCGGAUGAGGAGAAGAAAGAGUGUUUCUUGGUCAUGGAACUGAUGAGUAAAACCCUCGGGACGCACAUCAAAGAGGUAUGUGGUCCGAGGAAGAAGAACACUCUCUCCCUCCCGGUCGCGGUUGAUCUGAUGCUUCAGAUAGCCCGGGGUAUGGAAUAUCUUCACUCCAAGAAAAUAUACCACGGAGAGUUGAACCCUUCUAACAUUCUUGUCCAACCAAGAAGAAAUAACCAAUCCGGAGAUGGGUAUCUGCAGGGGAAGAUUUCUGGGUUCGGAUUGAAUUCUGUCAAGGGUUUCUCUAGUAAAAAUGCUUCUUCGACGGGUCAGAGUGAGAGUUUUCCAUUCAUAUGGUAUUCCCCGGAAUUGCUAGACGAGCAAGAACAGAGCGGAACUGCAGGAAGCAUCAAGUAUACUGAAAAAUCUGAUGUGUAUAGUUUUGGGAUGGUCUGCUUUGAGCUUCUAACAGGUAAAGUACCAUUUGAGGAUAGCCACCUGCAAGGAGAUAAGAUGAGUAGAAACAUUAGGGCCGGGGAGAGACCGCUUUUCCCGUUCCAUUCACCUAAAUUCAUAACAAACCUGACAAAAAGAUGCUGGCAUGCUGACCCUAAUCAGCGUCCAACUUUCUCGUCGAUAAGCAGAAUUCUACGAUACAUCAAGCGGUUUCUAGCUUUGAACCCGGAAUGUCACAGUAUAAGCCAACAAGACCCGCCAGUUUCUCCUCCUGUGGAUUACUGCGAGAUCGAGACUAAGCUGUUGCAGAAGCUUUCAUGGGAAUCCACAGAGUUACAUCAAGUGUCACAGGUUCCGUUUCAAAUGUUUACAUAUAGAGUGGUGGAACGGGCAAAGACUUGUAAGAAAAAUAAUCGCCGAGACACAUCUGAAUCGGGCAGUGAAUGGGCUUCGUGUAGCGAGGAUGAGGGUGGGGCUGGAUCAGAUGAGCAGGUGUCAUCUGAGAAGGAAAGGAGGCUUUCAUGCUCAAAGAAGCCUGUUUCAAAGCUUUUGAAAAGAGCUUCUGGCCUGAAACCAAUUCAAAAACCAGGUGUGAAUAGGAGGACGAUCAAGGCAUCCCCCACUGAGCCCUUGUGGGCAAAGCAUGAGAACGCACUCUGA